AUGACAUCCCCAUUCUCCCUCCCCGCGAUCCUCAACCCACCCCUGACCGGCCGCGAAGCCGUGGUCGACGCGAUGCACCGGUGCGUUAUGGGCUUCGAUACAGACGACACAGCCCUCUUUGACUCGAGCUUCAUGCCAGACGGCGUGUUCGAGGUCAACGGGCGUGCCAUGAAAGGACUACCCGAGAUCCACGCCAUAGGGCUCGCCAUCAUCUUCAAGCUCGACACGACGCACCUGGUUACCAACGUGCGUGUUCACAUGAGAACGGGGACUUCCAAAUCCGGGGCUGCGGAGGAGGAGAACGAGGCGAGCCUGACGGCUACCGUGCUCUCACAGCACUUCGACCGCGGGAAGGGCAUGGAGCCGGAUCAGAGGAACUUGUUGUCAGGGACCCUGUACCGCGGAGAGCUGAUUAGGGACGAUGUGGACGGGUUGUGGAAGUUCAGUCACUUGCAGAUAAAGUCUACCUGGGUGCAGGGUGAUUAUAGCGUGGUUGGGGGGGAUUUCAGCAAGCAGGAGUAG